UAAUGUUCCGCCCAGAUGGCGACUACAGCAGCUGGAGGUGGCAGUGGGAUCUGCAGUCGAACACGUCCAUCGGGCAAACACCGCAUGACUGGAGGUGGAAGGAGGAGGACAAACUCAGAGUCUGGCCAGCCUGAUGUCACAUAUCAGGAGCAGAACCAGCAGUACCCGGCUCAGCCCAUGUACCAGCAGCAGCCACAGUCCUCCAUGUACCAGCAGGAGGCCCCUCAGCAGCAGCAGGCCUGCUCCUAUGAGCUCAAACAGUUCAUCGAGUGUGCCCAGAACCAGCACGACUACAAGCUCUGCGAGGGCUUCAGCGAGGUGCUCAAACAGUGCAAGUCUAACUAUGGUAUGUCGUGAGACUGAGAUAACAUCCUGGAGAAUGAAGCAGAGCGCACACAAAGUCAAAUAAGCAGUCAUGCUUGAUCAAUAGUACUAGGGUGUUGAUUCUUAAAACAUUAAUAAACAUACUUUAUUUUGACAUUUGAUUAUUAUUGUGUUCAUUCUCAGGACAAUGCUGUAGAGUUGGAAGUAACAGUAGUAUAAAUAAUGUUUAUAUAUCGUGUUGCAUGUUAAUUUCAGUUGUGAGUGUUUUUCAUUAGCUUUAGUGCUUUAAUUUAAAUAACUGAACUGCAUUUGUUGAUCAUGCUACCUUGUAAAAACCAACCGUUCCUGCCUUCUGGAUGAUGGAGGUCUGCAGUUUAGGUUUUAAAACAAUAAAGCACUUCAAAAAAACAA